ACAAAAACUCUUGUUUUGAUUGGCGACCUCAUGGCUCCCCGCAAAAAGUCAGUCAUUGAAAAUCUCAUUUCGGAAGCAAGGGUGGUGCUACCUAAUGGAAGGGGUUUUGAAUCCUAUUCGUUGAAAAAUAUGCUAACUGCAGAUUCAAAAAUGAUCAGAUGCAAGUUUAUGCUUGUUGUUGUUCUGGGAGUUCUAGUGCAAACUUCCUCUGCAAGGAAGCUUCUUGGGGAUCCAUUAUUAUCCAAUAUGCCUAACUUCAAUGGUGGAUUUGACCAAAUUAUUGGAGGCCUUGGUGGCAAUGGCGGCGGCGGUGGCGGUGGCGGUGGCGGAGGUGGAGGAGGAGGUAGUGAUGGUGGAUUUGGUUCUGGCUUCGGAUUUGGUGAGGGUCAUGGAUCGGGUGCAAAUGAUGGAUCUGACCAAAUUAUAGGAGGUGUAGUUGGUGGUGGCGGCGGCGGUGGAGGUGGCGGAGGAGGUAGUAAUGGUGGAUUUGGUGCUGGCUUCGGAUUUGGCGAGGGUCAUGGAUCAGGUUCAAAUGGUGGAUCUAAUCAAAUUAUAGGAGGUAUUGUUGGGGGCGGCGGCGGCGGCGGUGGUGGAGGAGGUAGUAAUGGUGGAUCUGGUGCUGGCUUCGGAUUUGGCGAGGGUUAUGGAUCCGGUGCAAAUGGUGGAUCUGACCAAAUUAUAGGAGGUAUUGGUGGUGGUGGAGGCGGUGGUGGCGGUGGCGGCGGAGGUGGAGGAGGAGGUAGUGAUAGUGGAUUUGGUUCUGGCUUUGGAUAUGGUGAGGGUCACGCCUCAGAAGCAAAUGGUGGUGGCAGCGGUGGCGGUGGUGGAGGUGACGGCGGUGACGACAGUGGUCCAAAUGGUGGUAGUGGUUUUGGUGCCGGAGCAGGAUUUGACAAUGGUGGUGGUGGAUUGUGAUCUCACCAUUUGCUCAUAUAAUGUUUUUUCCCCAUAUAAUAAGUGAAAAACAAAUUAAAAGCAAUAAUAAUUGGCAAUAGGGAUUAUUCUUCGCCCUAAUUAUUAGUGUGUGCUAUUUUAUUAGUGGUUCAUGAAUAGAAACAUUUUAGUAGUGCAGUUUUUUUUAUUAUUAAAGACAAUGUUGACAUGAUGUAAUUCAACUCUUGUAUGAACUUUUUCUAAUCUAUAUACAAGGAAAUAUAUGAUCAAGAA